CUUAUAAAAGUUUGUUGUUGUCAGUGGAGUGAGAAAAGAAAAUUGUAUGUGAGGGAAAUGUCGUGAAUUAACGAGUUUUACAGUUGUUCUGGAGUGGAUAAAGGUUUAUUUAGAUCGUUGGCGAAAUCAUUAAAAGGUAGCCAAGGAUGGCGUUGCCAGUUGAAAAUACCUCAACCUCCACGUGGCCGUUGCCCCCCACACAAUAUAUCAAUGUUUAUACAGAGGAAAAUAUUCGCCGUGGAAGAGCACCCAAACCUCCUUUGCCAGUUCACAAUGAGUAUACCAUGUUUGGUGUACCAUUUAAUGCCGAUGAUACCAUUAUCAGACCUCUUGAGUCUCAGGCCAUCCGGCGGCUAUACCCACAAAACUUUGAUCAUCGAAGAGAACUGAAAAAGCUUAAUCAUUCUAUAUUAGUCAAUUUUCUUGACCUGUUGGAUAUCCUCAUCAAGUGUCCAGAUUCAACCAAACGGACGGACAAGAUAGAGGACAUCAACAUUCUCUUCAUCAAUAUGCAUCACUUGAUCAAUGAGUUCCGACCUCACCAAGCUCGUGAAACAGUGAGGGUAAUGUUGGAAAUGCAGGAGCGACAGAGACGUCAGGUUGCAGAACGCCUUGAAAGACAAGAAGAUGAUGUAAGAAGAUUGGUGAGAGAAGCCCUUGCCUCCUUACCAGAUAAUUUAGAGUUAGAUUCAAGGCUAUUAGUACCUACUCCUGAGGAGCUGCAGCUGAGGCCAAAGACAGAUGCAAACAGCAGUGCAGAAGAUAAAUGUUCCAGCUUAGAUAGACUUAUGUGCAAUAUUGUUGAUGCAUUGUAGAGAUCAGAGUUAAAGUGAAUUUUAUACAUCAUUCAUUAUGGAAGUCAUAUAAGUGAAACCUGACAACUGUGCCACAAAAGUUUAUGGUGAAUGUUUGGCUCCUAUAGUGGUAAAAUGAAUAUUUGACUCCUAUAGUGGUAAAAUGAUUUUUGUAAUGCAUAGUAUAUCUUUUAAGGUGGUGAAAUAAGAAAUAGAACCCCUUUUAUAAAUUUAUAAGUAACAUUAUACAAAUAUGCUAUCAAGUGUUUUGAAGAGGAAUAUGACAAUAAGUGGACCUUUUUACACAAAAGACUGGUGGUAUAGAAUUAAGAAAGGAUCAUAACUGUUACUUAGAAUAAAAUGUAUGUUUUCUG